GCGAACAAAGUCAACGGUAGGCCGGAUCGACUGUUGUCAUAUCCGUCAACACUGCCUGCAACCGGUCAGCUCACCCGGCAGCCUCCUGAAAAUUGUGUGAACGUGGCUGUGAACAGCAGCUGCAGUCACAGAAUAUCGUGAAAAAUGAGGGCCUUAUUUAUAUUAGUUGCUCUAACGCUAGCACACGUCAGCUCUGCACUUCCCGCUACUUCUUCAUAUUUAACUGCAAAUGACCGCAGUAGACUGCGACAAGUCUUGGAUGGAGCCUGGGUUCCGAACGAUCUAGCUACUGUUCAUUAUGGCGCACUUGCGUACACAUUAUUAGGACAGGCUGUGAACAAACCUCAGGAGGUUUGCAAAUUUUUGGGAACCAAAACCAGUGAAACAAAUCCUGAAGUUCUCUUUCACUUAGCCGGUGCAUGGCAAGCUAUUGGAUCAUGCGGCACCCUGCAGUCAGCAGGCAUUGUCAAGAAAUUGAAUGAAGUUGCUUCAAGUGAUGCCUCCCCCAUGUCAGAUGUGUAUUACGCAGUCCUUGGGCUGAAGUCCCUGCGCCAACGCCCAACUGACGUUGCCAAGGUUCUCAAGAAUGUUCAGAGCUCCCUCAAAAAGGAUGACAGUGCUUUGAGCUUGGGCUAUGCUUUCCACGUUGCUGCUGCUCUCGGUGCUGAGGGCCGUGUCAUUUUUGACCGCAUUCAGGAUGCUGUUGCUCAGGCUGAUGAGGUUGAUGGACGUUUCCUUCAAUUUGAAGGUGGACUGAGCAUCACAGCUUUGGUUGUGAGUGGCUCAUUCAAUCUGGCAACUUCCCAGAACAAGGCUCCUCCCCUAAACCAUGAACAGACCACCAAAUUUGCCAACUACUUUUUAAGCCGACGAUCUGUUCAAACUGUGAAAGGAAUCUACAGCCUGCUGGAUGUCCUCAGUACUCUAAGCUCAAAUAAGUUUGUUCUCCCUGUAUCAAUUAGCUUGGAAGGCUCAAGUGCAGUUUCAUCAUCCAACCCUAAGAUACUACUUAAAGUUAGUGAUGUGCUGGGCAAGCCGAUCAGCACAUCCACUGUUACAGUUACAGCAGAAUCUGCCAAAGGGGGUGAAGAUUCAGUCGUUAUCCUCUCUAAGAAGAAAUUUGAAGCUACAUCAGACAAGACUGUGUUCAGUUUGAAUGUCUUUGAAGAGAAACCUGCACCAGGACAAUACAGUCUUACUGUAAGUGCUUCAUUGAGUCAGGCUGAUCCUCGCAUUCCAUCAAACAUUGUUACCACUGUAACCAUGAAGGCCAUGUGUGCUGUUACCAUUUCUUCCUUUGAAAUUGGUACUGCUGAUGCUGAUCAGACAACUCAGCCUAAGAUGCACAAGGUCACUUAUCCAUCCAAGCUUCCUUCUGUUCUUGAGGCUGACUCACAACAAAAGGUUGUCGUCCGCUUCCAGUUGGUGGCUGCUGGUUCUAACAAGCCACUUGCUGUUCAUCAAGCAUUCCUCCGUCUUUGGAAUGACAAGACUAAGCAGGAAAUUAUUUUCAAUGCUGAAAAGGAUUCUUCUAAGACUUACAAGUUUGACAUGGAUAUAGGUGCCAAGGAUCCUGAUUUCGGUUACUUGUCUGGCGAGUUCCAUGUUGACCUUAUCAUUGGGGAUGCCAUAAUUGUCAACCCACUUAUGUGGCAUGUGGCCGAUUUGAAACUUGCUGCACCCUCUUCAGAUGCUAGAGAGGAUUAUACUUCGAGCCAUGCUUCUCUCUUCAAACCAAAGCCUGAAAUCAAGCACAUGUUCCGUGAACCUGAGGUUAGACCGGCAGCUGUUGUGUCCAAUCUUUUUACUGCAUUAGUAUGUGCACCACUUUUAAUUCUUCUAGGAUUGUGGGCCAAAUUGGGAAUCAAUAUUUCAAAUUUCCCAAUGUCGCUGAGUGCUAUUGGUUUCCACAUAGGUCUCACAAGUAUUUUUGGCUUAUUUGUUGUGUUUUGGCUUGAACUCAAUAUGUUUGCCACAAUGAAAUAUCUUGUGGGUUUGGGAGCACUGACUUUCCUUAGUGGAAAUAAAAUGUUAGCACACAUUGCAACAAGGCCAAAAGCAUAGAUCAAUAGCUGUAUAUUGUUUUAACUCUAGCCUUUUGUAUCAAGUUGUGUCUCUGUGUGCUUCACAUUCCUUUGCUCAGUAAGUAAGCACAGUGAUCUUGUAAAUUUGUACCCUCCCCAUUGUUUUUGUAAGAAAGUGGAUUUAAAGUGUGCACCAAAAUUUAAACUUCAAAUGGAUCUUUCUCAUUUUAAUUUCAUUACAUACAAGAACUGAAUGUUGUCCGGUUGAUUUAUGGUAAUAUUAUUCAUUAAUACAGAUGUAAAUAAAUAAACUUUACUUAA